CUAAAGACUAAAUAAAUGAAUACAGCACAAGUGCUGCUGUGUGUGGGAGAGAUGGCAGCAGAAAAGACGCAAGGAAGGAGCAGACAGACAGGUGUGAACGCAGCAGAGCAGGCGCAUUACCGCCACCGACCAGCAGGGGGAGACAGAGAACUGGAGGACCAGUCACCACACAGCGGAUGCGGCUCCUCCCCAGUGACGUCACAUCCGGGCGUCUCCAGUCUAUCCCCCUGGAAACAGCAACAAACGGUCCGCUGUCCGGUGUCAUCCUCCCCGGUGUCGGAGCCGGCGCUGUCGACAUGCAGUCCGAGGACGCCCGCUACCUGAAGCGGAAGGUGAAGGGCGGAAACAUCGACGUCCACCCGACGGAGAAGGCGCUGGUGGUGCACUAUGAGGUGGAGGCCACCAUCCUGGGAGAGAUGGGGGAGCCAAUGCUGGGGGAGCGGAAGGAGUGUCAGAAGAUCAUCCGCCUGAAGAGCCUGAACGCCGGCACGGACAUCUCCUCCCUGGCCAGGAAGGUGGUGGAGGAAUGCCGGCUGCUGCACCCGUCCAAGCUGGCUGAGGUGGAGCAGCUGCUGUUCUACCUGCAGAACCGACGGGAGGAGGGGGGCAGGGAGAAGAAGAGCGCCGAGCCGAGGGACCCCGCGCCCCCCGAGGGCCCGCAGAUCGAUGAGGUGGCCACCAUCAACGACAUGGACGAGUACAUCGAGCUGCUGUACGAGGAGGUCCCCGACAAAGUGCGCGGCUCCGCCCUGAUCCUGCAGCUCGCCCGCAACCCCGACAACCUGGAGGAGCUGCUCCUGAACGAGACGGCGCUGGGCGCCCUGGCCCGGGUGCUGCGGGAGGACUGGAAGCAGAGCGCCGAGCUGGCCACCAACAUCAUCUACGUCUUCUUCUGCUUCUCCAGCUUCUCCCAGUUUCGGGGGUUGAUAACGCACUAUAAAAUCGGAGCCCUGUGCAUGAACAUCAUUGACCACGAGCUAAAGCGCCACGAGCUGUGGCAAGAAGAACUGGCCAAGAAGAAGAAGGCCAUCGACGAAGACCCCGAGACCCCCUCCUUAAAGAAAGAGUAUGAGAAGACCUAUAAGAAAUACCAGGGGCUCCUGGUGAAACAGGAGCGGCUCCUGAGGGUGGCCCUCUACCUGCUGCUCAACCUGGCCGAGGAUCCCCGCACCGAGCUGAAGAUGAGGAACAAGAACAUUGUCCACAUGUUGGUGAAAGCCCUGGACCGAGAGAACUCCGAGCUCCUCAUCCUCGUGGUCUCCUUUCUGAAGAAGCUCAGCAUCUUCCUGGAAAACAAAAACGACAUGGCCGAGAUGGAGAUCGUGGAUAAACUGUGUAAGAUGGUGCCGUGCGAGCACGAAGACUUGCUCAACGUGACGCUGCGGCUCCUCCUCAACCUCUCCUUCGACGCCGGGCUGAGGAACAAGAUGGUGCAGGUCGGGCUUCUCCCCAAGCUCACGGUUCUUCUGGAAAACGAGAGCUACAGACAAGUGGUCCUGUGCAUUCUGUAUCACAUCAGCAUGGACGAUCGGUGGAAAUCCAUGUUUGCCUACACAGACUGCAUCCCCCGGGCCAUGAAGAUGCUCUUUGAAUCCUCCGAGGGGCGCAUCGAUCUGGAACUGAUCUCUUUCUGCAUCAAUCUGGCUGCGAACAAGAGAAACGCUCAGUUGAUCUGCGAAGGGAACGGGCUGAAGAUGCUGAUGAAGAAAGCGCUGAAAUGGAAGGAUCCGCUGGUAAUGAAGAUGGUCCGGAACAUUUCCCAACACGACGGGCUCACCAAGAACCAGUUCAUAGACUACGUCGGGGACCUGGCGGCUCAGAUCUCAAAUGACGAAGAGGAAGAAUUUGUCAUCGAGUGCCUGGGGACGCUCGCCAACCUGACUCUCGGCGACCUGGACUGGGAACUGGUUCUCAAGGAAUAUAAGCUUGUCCCUUACCUCAAGGAUAAACUGAAGCCGGGCUCUGCUGAAGACGACCUGGUCCUGGAAGCCGUCAUCAUGAUCGGGACGGUGUCCACCGACGACUCGUGCGCCGCCCUGUUGGCCAAAUCUGGAAUUAUUCCUGCGCUUAUCGAGCUGCUUAACGCUCAGCAGGAAGACGACGAGUUCGUGUGCCAGAUUGUCUACGUCUUCUACCAGAUGGUUUUCCAUCAGGCCACCAGAGAUGUCAUCAUCAAGGAGACGCAGGCCCCGGCCUAUCUCAUAGACUUAAUGCACGAUAAGAACUCGGAAAUCCGAAAGGUCUGCGAUAAUACCCUCGACAUCAUUGCGGAAUACGAUGAGGAGUGGGCGAAGAAGAUACAGAGCGAGAAGUUCCGCUGGCAUAACUCUCAGUGGCUGGAGAUGGUGGAGAGCCGUCAGAUGGAUGAGAACGAGCAGUAUCUGUACGGUGACGAGCCCAUCGAGCCCUUCAUCCACGAGGGCGAUAUACUGGAAAGACCUGACUUGUAUUACAACGCAGAGGGGCUCCUGCCGUCUGAAGGGGCCCCCAGUCCUGAUUUCUUCAGUGACUAUCAGCUUCAGAACGGAGAUCUCAUUGGGCAGCAUCUGUUUAGCACCGGGACUGGUGUUGAUAAUUUUGGGCAAUCUGCUGCCAUUCCUGGGCGUCCUACAACUGCAUACGGCUACCGCCCAGAUGAGCCUUACUACUACGGACUGGGCGCGCGAUGAUCGCCAGUCGCCACAGAUCGAUAUAUCAAUCAGCCUAUAAUCCCAUCCACUUGGAGAAAUGCAUGCUGUGUGUGAUGUGCUGUAGAUCCGUGACUUACAUGUGGGGUCGUCCUAGGAGUAAUGGGAUGAUCAGGCUGUGCCUUUAAAGGGGUUCUCUGCGAAUUAAUAUCCUCCGGAUAGGUCACCAAUAUCAGAUCGGCGGGGGUCCUGGGUGUUGCUGGCGCUCUGUUUGUGCCAUGUUCAUUUCCUACACCGGUCACAUGGCUUAGUUGCAGCUCAGACCCAUUAAAGCCAAUGGGGUUGAGCUGCAGUACCAAGCACAGCCACUAUACCAUGUAUGGCGCUGUGCUUGGGAAGUGCCUGGGAAGCUGUUGCUUUAACCCAGGCACGCUCAACCUGCGGCCCUCCAGCUGUUGCAAAACUAUAAUUCCCAGACAGUCUACAGCAUGGAUGUCAAACUCAUGGCCCUCCAGAUGUUGCAAAACUACAACUCCCAUCAUUCACUGAU